AUGAUUGCCAACGAAGAACCUGAUAUAGAUCUGACGCCGCAUGUAUCAACUGAUGCCGGUAAUUUCUUCCAAUCCGAUAGGGACAUUGCCAAACAGGAAGCUCGAGAUCUGAAAAAGAGUAUUCAUGCCAACUCUGGAUUGCCCAUCAGCAUCCCGUCCAAAGUACUGGAUUUGCAGUUUGCCGGUACUGGAUCAGAUGCAGAUCUAUCUGCAAACAAGCUUUAUGCUUAUGUCGCCGAGAGUGGUCAUGUCGCAAGAAAGUACAAUCUCAUGACUGGCAAAUGGUCUAAAGCAUUCAAGGGACAUACCGGACCUGUAACUACUGUAGCUAUUGCUCUCAAUGCGGCUGGACAAGAAGAAGUGGUUGUGACAGGCUCAUGGGACAAGGGCAUCCGCAAAUGGAAUGCUCUGACGGGAGAAUGCCUACUGAAAAUGACUGCACACACAGACUUUGUGAAAAAGGUCGUAAUACACAAGAACCUCCUCUUUUCUGCGUCAGUAGACACCACCAUCAGAAUAUGGGAUUUGCAAACAGGUCGCCUAAUCCGUACAUUAAAAGAACAUACACGUGGAGUGGAAGAUAUACUGCUGUUUGAAGACGGCAAGAGAUUAGCUUCCGCUUCUUCGGAUGGCAGCAUAAAGAUUUGGGAUGUGCAGUCUGGUCAAGUAUUAGUUACUCUGACUGGCCACUUGACUAGUGUCUAUCGUCUCGGCAUGAAUGAAGAGGGAGAUCAACUGUGGUCUGCUUCGGCGGACAAGACCCUCAAACGAUGGGAUCUCAAUACUGGUCUGGAAGACACGAGUUUAGAGCAUCCUGACUUUGUGAAGGCAGUUGCUGUUUCUGAUCGUUACGUCUUUACUGGAUGUCGCGAUGAGAUUGUUCGUGUAUGGGAUGCAGCAACUGAUCAGGUUGUCCGAACAAUGGACGCACACUCUGAUGAAGUAUCAGCUGUAGCCUUACGAGGUUCUGUAUUAUGGAGUGGAUCUAUUGAUGCCACGAUUAGACGGUGGGACGUCAGUGAUCUCAUUGGCGGUACUGCUGAUCUAUCCCUGUUUGAUGGAACUAUGCAAAUAGAUGAGGUUCCUGGCCCUGGAGAAGGAUCAGACUCGACUGUUCCUGCAUCUGGUGGUGAUAGUGGGUUAACAGCCGAGGAAGAAGCUGAAUUAGCAGAACUAAUGGAUUAA